UCCAGUUACUAAAAGGCUCUUCUCCACCCGUCGGAGUAUGAGAGAAAGAAAACACAGAUAUACACUGAAAGUAUUUUAUUGUGCACGUGUAACAUAGGGCAGAGCUGGUGGAAGUGGAAUAAAUGGACUAUGCACUGCGACAGGAUGAUGAUGAAUGUGUCUGCAUGGCUCUGUUUGCUGACAUAUUUCAUGCUGACUGUUGACUUGACUUUGGGUUUGGGGCCAAAUCAAGACAUGGAAUUUACAUUUCUGUUACCUGCUGGCAGCACUGAGUGUUUUUACCAAACCACCGUGAGGAAUGACAGCAUGGAGGUCGAAUACCAGGUCAUAGCCGGGUCGGGUCUGGAUGUAGGCUUUGCCCUCAUCUCACCCAGCGGACACCGACUGGUCUCUGACUUCAGGAGAUCUGAUGGCAUCCACACGGUGGAUCCCACAGAGGAUGGAGACUACCGGCUGUGUUUCGACAACAGCUUCAGCAAACUGUCAGAGAAGAUGGUGUUCUUUGAGGUGACCAUUAAUAGUCAGAGCAGCGCAGGUAGAGGCCGAGAGGAGUGGGCGAAUGUGGCCACGACAGAGAGCAUGGUAGAGUACAAACUGGAGGACAUCAGGACGAGGCUGGACUCUGUGUACCAGCACCUGGAGAGGAGCCGUCAGGUCCAGACGGUGCUGCGGGCCUUUGAGGCGAGGGACCGCUACCUUCUGGAGGACAACCUGUGGCGCGUGUCCUUCUGGUCCUGCCUCAACCUGCUGGUCAUGUUCGCUGUCGCUGUCACACAAAUCUACACCCUGCAACGUCUCUUUGACAACACCAGGCGGGUCUGCACAUAGUUGCAACAAAACUGUUUCAUUAACCUCCAGCCAACAGAGUGCAGAGCCUGAAUUCUCUCACAUUUGAAAGUUUGAAACUAAACCCACAACUGACAUGUGCCUUUUGAGCUGAUUUUAAAGGGGUAGUGCACACUUUUGGAAAACUGAUUGAUCAUGCACUGGGAACUUUUUAAUUACAGCCAAAACGUGUUUGCUUCAAUGUUUUGUGAAUUGUAGUUAUACCAGCACCUGAAAAUGAGAU